AUGAUCCUAUUGAUUACAGUUGUACUUGCUCUUCAAGUUGAUGCAAUUUGGUGCGAAACAAGUGGCUUGAUUUCUUAUAACAAACAAACUUCAACCUGCGCAUUAAUUACAAGGGGUCUAGACAUUUCCAAAGUUGACAGUUCAAAAGUUUCAAUCACGUUCACUGAAAGUUGUUGCUCAACAAACGAAAUAACAUUUGACGAUCGAAGUUAUCCGGCUGACACAAUUUCACAAUUUAAUUUUGCCAAUACGGAAAUAGCUCUUUCUGCUUUGUUUGUACGAACGGGGCUUUCUUCAAGUUAUGUUGAGUUUGGUGACCUUUAUCCGGAGGGUCUUUUUGUUUCGAUGGGAUGCUUCGGAGGAACUUCAGGGUGUCGUACAAGUGUUGAUUAUGGUCAAAUUGGAACCGAAUCUGCUCGUUCUGAGUUCGUUGUCCAAUCUAAAGGCCUCCACCUAUAUUCAGAUAUUGACCAGAUGUGGAUAAUCAGUAAAAAUAAGACUGUUGGUGAUAAACCUUCAUAUUUAUGUAUAGAUGGAACAAAGAAGCAGACAAUUCUUUUUAAAUUUAAUUACGACUAUGUGUUUGGUGAGAACUAUGGAAGUGGAAGGUAUCUCUUCACUGCCAACUCGGCAAUAACGUACAACAUGGCGUUAAAAAAUCCAUCAAACGGCACAGUUUCAUACAUCCAGAAAUUAGUGUGCAACCGAAAUGGAGUUAUCAGGUAUUUGUUAUUCGACACUGGGUAUGCGGGGGUAACAGAUAACACGGAGUGCACAUGCAAGCCAACAACAACUUCAGUCACAAACGAUUACAACUUCAAUUUCCCGGAUUGCAGAUACAAUUCAACUGCAUUUGAUUUGGAUUUGAGUAUGUUGAGUGGCAGCCCGAUAAGUGUCACAAUCUCUCCAACAGCAAAUGUGUGGUAUUCCGCAAUAUUUGGCGCAUCAAAGGCGUACACAGUUACUCCAUUACCAACAAACACAGAUGGAAUCACUUUCACCAAACUCACAAUUGAGAGUGAAAAAUCUGUCACUUUUGAGAUGAAAUGCACAGUCAAAACACUCACAAUAAAUUCAGUUGGGAAUUUCUAUUUCAAAGGAGGAAUUUCAAUUGAGACGGUUUCACUUGAUAGUUCAACAAAUUUUGUAAAUAACAUCCUCUUUUCCGUUGAUGGAAGUUUUGAAGAUAAAAGCAAUUUACUGACAAAAUGUGGGCGACGUGCUGUUCUGAAAACGUCCAUCAACACGUUGUGUGACUGCCGAUAUGAUGGCAGUAAGUUCACAACAAGUGACACAGUCAAUCCAAAUUUGAACCGUGACGACUGUGUUGACGCAACACUUGAAAACGGACUCACUCUUGUUGUUACUGGAAGUAGUUACAAUCCAACAAAAAGUGGGGUGUGGAAAGCAAUCAAAUCCACAAGCCCUGCAAUUGAAAUAUCUCUUGGACAAUUCACGUUGAGUGCAGCGAGUUGCAGUUUUGGUGGAAGUGUCACAAUUCCAAAGUCAACAGUGACAUGCACACAUUUCGACAUUUCACAAAACACACAAAUCACAACACAAGCCACAUUCAGUUUCUCGACAUUCACUGCAACACAACAACUCACAAGAAGUAACACAAGUGGUGUUGUGAAGGUGUUAUCCAGUGGAAGUGUUCCGUCUCUGAGUUCGAUUCAAUACACUGGAAGUGACUUUACCAACUGCUUUGAGUUGAUUUCAUACCAAAGUGAAACACAACAAACACUGGACACGGCAAACACAAAGAUGCUUGGAAAGAAGUUGGUUCGCCACUGUGGAACAUCUACAUUUGAUUAUGGCAUUCUGUGUGUUUUUCUCAAGAGUGAAAUGAACAACAACACAAGUUAUCAAAACGAAGUACUUCACUGCCCAACUAACACAACCAACACAGUAAUUCAGAUAAACACUGCAAGUUACACGCAAACAGUGCAAUUUGAUGGCGUCUUCUCACAGCAAAUCACACAAACUUCUCUCAUAAAAAAAGACGCAAAAGUGUCACAAUUCCAAGACAAAAGUAACACAGUGAUUUGCAUUGACAAGAACUCACUUGAUAAACAAACCAUUUCAGUGUCACAAUCAGCAAGUAAACUGUUUGUGAGUUCUUCAUUUGGCUUUGAAAAUACCGCAAAGGCGAUGAAGGGUGCAACCGAUGGCGUUUCUGUUGUGUACAGUUCUUCAACAAACUGCACAGCCUUUCUUGUCAAAGGCAUCACAACAACAUGUGAGAGUUGCAGAAGUUCAUAUCUUACGAAUGGUCUGUGUUACAAUUACGACAGUUCUUGCACCAACUACUAUCAGGGAGCAACUUCGUCAGUGUGCGACACGUGUGGCAAUGGGUAUGAGGCGUACAAAUACGAGUGUGUCAGUUGUAACACGGGUGGUGCAACAACGUGCACACAUUGUGUUGGUGGGAAGUGUGUUGAGUGCGAUGACUGGAAUCUUGUUGAAAGCGGUGUGUGCAAAGGAGUUGACAGAGUAACAACACUCCUUCAUGACAGAGGAAUCUCACUCAAAUGUGCGAAUGGGUACUACAGUCACUACGAUGUGUGUUUAAAA